AUGAAUUCAUCAUCAUACUAUCAUUCACUUGUUUCACCAAGGCAGCAUCAUCAUCAUCCCAAAAUACAAAUAAAAAUACCCACUGAUAGUCACAGAUUUAUGUUCAUGUCCGACACUGCAUGUAGAUCUGAUACUGAUAAUGAUGAAUUAUCAAUGGAAGAAGUUGCUUGUGGAUGUGAUACUGAUAAUGAUGAAUUAGCAAUGGAAGAAGUUGAUUGUGGAUCUGAUACUGAUAAUGAUGAAUUUACAAUUGAAGAAGAAGUUGGUUCUGGGGUUGAAUUUGAAAAGUUAUUGUCGUUGUUUACUAAUAAUUCUGUUUCUGUAGAUUCAAUCCUUGAAUCCCGUGAUAAUUGGGAUGUGCUUCUUAAUAUUGAUUUUUUUUGUCGGAUGAUCACACACCCACCUGAAGAGCUUUCUUACUUUGAUCAGUUUAAGUAUUUCGAAUGGGCUCUUUCUAGAGAUGAUUUCGAGAUGAGUGAUUUAUUGUUAGAUGGCAUUACCUAUAUUUUAACAAGACCUGUUUUAACAAGACCAGAACCGUGCAUGGCGUGGCUCUGUGAAUCUGAUAAACGAUGGUUGAAUCUCUCAUGGAAUCUUGUUAAAAGCAACAUUUAUACUUUGGGCGGUGUUGUUGCUAAAUUGCGCAACAAAUUGAUUGAAAACCUCGGCGAGGACAAGAGCAACAGGUACGGUAUUGUUACUACUAGAAUCCUCAACAAAUUGAUAAACGCAUUUGGAUAUUAUGGAGAUGACAAGUCUGGAAUUGAGAUACUUAACAAGUUUCCGGAUUUUCGGUGUUGCCCAGAUUUGAAUACCUAUUCAAAUGUUGUAUUUUGUGCGGGGGGAUGCAAAUCUGAAGCCUGGGAAUUUCAAGUUUGCCAGAAAAUGGUUGAGUGUUUACAGGACGGAAUCGAAAGGGACAGUGUUGAUGAUGAUAGUGUGUCUUGGAUAAUAGACCUGUACUGCAAAUUGGAUAAGCCUAAACUGGCUUAUGCAAUUUAUGUAGCUGCUAAAGAGAAAACUCCUCCAGAGUCUUUCAAUCAACUGAUACAUUGUCUGUCAAAGCACGAUGAAACUUUACGCUUAGCUGAUGAUAUGCUAGCUGAAUUAUCAUCCUGUGAAGCUCGUGAAAACGCAACUUCUGCCUUCUCAUCUGUCAUUAUUGAGAAAAGGUGA